AUGAAGUUCCAUACCGCUCUCCUCCUCGCCGCCGCCGCCGUCACCGCGCGCGCCUCCGCCGUCGACGCCUCCGACUUUGCCGACCUCGACAGCUUCCUGGCCAACGUGCCGACGGCGGCCGUGCUCGCCGCGCAGUCCGCGCUCGCCGCCGGCGUCCAGCCGACCACCACUGCCGCGACGCCCGCCGAGUCCUCCGCGGCCGCGGCCCUCGCCUCCGCCGACGACGGACUCCCCUCCGAGGCCGAGAUUGACGUGCUCAUCGCCAGCGCCGCCGCCCAGUUCGGCUCCGUCGGCGACCUGACGGCCCGCAGCGAGCCCCAGCCGCGAACCGUCGAUGCUGCCGCCGCCGCCGCCGCCACCCUCGCGCUCCAGGGCCUCGUGCAGGCUGCCGCCGCCGCCAACGCCGCCGUCGCCGCUGCGGCUACCGGAAACCUGACGGCGAUUGCGGCCCCGACCGCGAGCCCGACCGGUAGCGUCGUCGCGGGUAACGGCUCCGCCGCCGCGGGCAACGAGGUUUGGACCGCCGCCGCUGCGCGCGAGGCGCUCAGCGGUCUGGCUGUGGCCGGUGUGGUCGCUGCUUACUUUUUGUAA